AUGCUGGAAUAUAUCGUGCAAUUACGUGACUACAAUACCUUGGAGACUCAAGGGCAGCUUGUCAGCACUUUUAUCAGCUCUGCAGCAUUCGAUUAUGGUCUUGAGAUUGCUACGCGGUCUCCAUUCGCUCAUCAAGCGCCAACAAACUUUGUGGUAUUGCGCAUGUUUUACUGCGACAUGGAGACGUUACCAGCUCGUUCUAGCAACGAAACAUCAUUAGAUGAACAUGUGUGUCAUGCAUCGGAAGAAGCAAUGCGAAAUUAUGUCGAGAGCAACGUUACGGGGCUGAUAAAAGCUGUCCGAAGGAACAAAGCGUACAGGAAGCUGAAUUUGACGGGACUGGAUACGAAACAAGAUAUAGGGCAAAAGAUGCAAUCAGCAACACGAAGACAAAUGAUGCACGAAUCAACAAAAAGGUUGGUUGGCUUGAGAAAAGAAACAACGUUGCUAGUGAAUGAAUUAGGUGUACGAGAACUUUGGAAUCAAGGCUAUAAAGGACAAGGAGUAAAGAUUGGGAUCUUUGAUACGGGACUGUCGAUGUCGCGGCUUACAAAUGUGAAAGAAAAAAUCAGUUGGACGCACGAAUUGAAAAAUACGGAUACUGUCGGUCAUGGUACGUUUGUGGCAGGUGUGGUUAGUGGAACAGAUGCAAAGUGCCCAGGUAUUUCACCUGAAGCGGAGCUAUUUGUGUUUCGCAUGUUUACAAAAGAGCGGCUCUCGUUCACAUCGUGGUAUUUGGAUGCGUUUAACUAUGCAUUAUUCAAGAAAGUCCAUGUACUAAAUUUGAGUACAGGAGGGCCGGAUUUUCAGGAGUUGCCCUUUGUCAACAAAUUGCGAAAACUUACUGCAAAUGGUAUCAUUCUGGUAUCUGCAGUCGGCAACGAAGGGCCUCAUUAUGGCUUGCUUUCCAAUCCUGCUGAUCAAGCGGAAGUCAUAGGUGUAGGAGGUAUCACUAGAAGCAACGAGGUUGCUGAAUUUUCGUCGCGUGGCAUGACCACGUGGGAGUUUCCAUUUGGAUCUGGCCGUGUCAAACCAGAUAUCGUUACUCUUGCAGAAGACAUUUCAGGGUCGGAUGUCUUGGGAGGAUGCAAGAUGGAACUAUUGUUGAAUCCGGCAUCGAUGAAGCAAAUUUUGCUUGCAAGCUCGAACAAAUUAGAAGCUCGCUAUGAGUCAGACUAUGUAAUUCGAAAUCACAUUUUUGAGCAAGGAAGUGGAGCGCUUAACAUCUCCAAGGCGAGUAAAAUGAUAAAGGACUUAUGGGCUCGACAUCAAGCUGCGCAAAAUAAGACACAAAUGGGGCAAGAGCCGCUUUAUUACAGUGCUUUGCCGCUCAUGGUGAAUUUGACUAUUCUCAAUCCUGUGUCUGUUGUAGGCACGAUUAAAAGUCCCCCGCAAUGGUGUUUUCUUCGAGGUAAAAAACAGGCUGCUGCUUUUGAGGGUAUUGCCCACGGAACGUUGCGACUUCAAUUGGAGCAAGCCAGUCGCGUUGACGACCUUCUUAUCCCGGUAUCCAUAAAGAUCAUUCCUACUCCGCCAUUGUCGAAGCGCAUUCUGUGGGACCAGUUCCAUAACAUCCCCUACCCAUCCGCUUUUGUGCCGCGAGACAACCUUGAAAUUCAGCACGACCUCAUGGAUGUAUCGGGUGAUUAUCCACACACGAAUUUCCACCAAAUGUGUAAUCUCCUGGCUCAUGGAGAAGAGUUUUUUCGAGACGAAAUCGUGGCUCUGCAAAAUGCAGUCAUGUACUCGAACGUAUCUCUUAUCGUUUUUGCCGAUUGGUACGACAACCGUUUGGUGGACUUGCUCGAGCUCUUCGAUACGAGCACACUAAGUAAGUGGCAUGCCAUCACUGGUGGGGCCAACAUUCCGGCAAUUAAUGAGCUACUGCAAGACUUCCGUAUCGCGUUUGGAGAUGGAGUCGUCCAUAGCUCGAACGUAUCACUGCUAAAUUCUGGAAACGACUCGUCGUUCCCGUACUGGUCAGGUUCAUACCUCACAAACUUUCCAGUGGGCGGAUAUCUGGGCUACAUCGAUGGUAUCGAUACCAGCGCAAGGUAUUUAAAUGGCUCAGAGAGAACAGUGACGGAUGUACCGGUAUUGGGUCUCUAUGAGGUGCCGUCGCACGCUGGUGGUCGCAUCGCAGUCUUUGGUGACAGUUCGUGUCUCGACUCAAGCGCGCACCCUGGAGCUAAGUUUCAAAAUUGCUUUGGAAUGUUACGUACCGUGUUGCGCUUUACAAAAGAAGCUGUGGUUUCACGCUAUAUUACGCUGCAGAACGAUUCAGCGAGCUCAGCACUGCAACGUCUUGAGCUGGAAUUUGUCAGUGACAAAUCCGUUUUGCACCCGUCAGUGAACUUGGAGAACGACGCCAUUUGGCAGCAACGUGAUCAUCAUAGGGAUUUCAUCAAGCAUUCCAAAGUACUUGAAGCUAGCAACGAUGAGUCCGUUCAUCGCAGCUUGUGCAACGUUCAUGCCAAGGUGCAUCUCAACUCGGUUGAGCUCUACGUGGUGCUGUCGAAUCGAAGCGGGCGACAGAAUCUAGGCACGUAUUUGCGCACGGCUUCUGCCUUUGGGGCAACACAAGUUGUGGUCGUGGGCUCUAAGCGUUUUGGCACUCAUGGAGCACAUCGGGCACAAAAGUAUGUCGACGUGGUGCAGUGUUAUGAGUUUGCUGACGCUCGUGCCUUUCUCAAGUCGAAAGGCUGCACCAUUUUUGGUCUGAGCAAACAACCGACCGGAUCCUUUGCAGCACACGCUACGCCUUAUCAAGGAACCAGUGCAUUUGUCAUCGACAACGAGUUCCCUGGACUUUCAACGGAGCAGCAUGCUAUCUGCGACCACUUCGUUCAUGUACCUUUUCACGGCAAACAGACUAAAGCUUCCAGCGAGCUAGUGCUGGACACUACCGUGGUUACAGCUAUUACGCUACAUCAUUUUACUGCAUUUGCACAGUUUCCCAUUCGCGCUAUUGAGGCCACGAGUACGCAGGGCAAGUUUGUGCUGGAUGCAUACCCGGCAUUUAAUCCGACGCGCAACCUGCGCGCUAAGGAAAAGACUGCGAUGCGUGAAGCUAGAAUAGCCAAUGCUGAGGACGUUCUCGCUGAUGACGACGGACUUGGUAGCAUAUUUGAGUGA